AUGCACCGGAAGGAGUACGCCACAAGUGGAGGGACUAACCUGAAAGAGCGUGGUCCCACUAAUGCCGUUCCCGUCCACAAUUACCUUAGUGGCGACGGAAAGUCACAUGCAUACAUGGGCAUGGCGCACUACGUUCCCUCGGAGAGAGCAUGGAUAGCCAAAGACCAAUUCCGGGCGUUACCAAGGGAAACCAAGCGGGACGCCAUCGAUAUUCAGUCCGAGGACCAGUGGGUUAGCUUUAUGAGAAACCGAGACACGCCUUCCGGUUACUACAACAAAAACAUUGGUCUACUACAAACCGGUAAAGCAGACCUGAAACUCUUUGGAUACACACGUGACCUCCCUGCAAUGCCUUCAAAGGACAUUUUCCAAAACCCUUGGCCGAAGAGCGAUGCAUUUGUUCCAGUAGAGCGGAAAGGCCGUGGUGAUUACUAUGGUUAUUAUCACGAAGCGAUCGAAAGUGAACGAGAGCGAAGAAAGAAAGAGUUCCCGACAAGUUGGGUAAUAGAACCCAGGGAUGUACCAAAGAUCUGAAAUCUGGAUGAUUAUUGUAAACCUAUCCUCAAUUUACUGUUCUUCCAAGACGCAAUAUACAGCAGACUGGACCUCGGUUUUAUAAACGUUUCUUAACUAAGGAAAUAUCCCUUCUUGGUUUAACUCAUCAUAACGGAAACAUAUUUUAGUUUGGAAUCGUUUGUGAAGCUGGAACCAGUUCUUAAAGGACUUUGAAAUGUAGUCGGA